CGUCAAUAAAGAUGGUGACUGCCGAAGCCUGAGCGUAUGUUGUGAUUUGUUUUUGUGCUGGAAUGGAACGCAAAGCCGACAGGGAAUAAUUUCUUAUUCACCUGCCAAAUCUUAAAGCAGUCCGCUAUGCAGAAUUGGGAAUCAGCAGCUGCCAAUUAUGCUGCUCAGCAGCAAGCUAUGGGAUUCCCAAACUUGCAGCAGAAUAGUUUACAAGAAGACAGUUUAAGAAGUGCCAAUGAAUGGCAGGUGUGGCAGCAGGAGUAUUCGCAGUGGCAGGAACAAUAUGGGGAGCAGUAUGAAGCAAUGCAAUCCCAGAUGCGUCAAGGAAGUGGCGGUACGGGGUUCGGAUUUGGUGCCGAAGAUCCUGUUUCUCAAUUUUCAAGAGGCGGAGGACGAGGCGGUCGAGGAAGAGGCCAAGGCAACCAACCCUCCUGGGCUGGAGGAGCAAAUAAUCAAAGAGGAAGAGGAAAUAAUCGGGGCCAAAACCAGCAGCCUAGCUGGGGUCGAGGUCAGCAGUCUAAUCGGGGAGACCACCAGCAAGGAGGAUGGUCACAGCAAGGAAAUUGGGAAAACAAGAACAAUCAGCAGCAACAGUGGAGCGGCAACCAGUUCCAGCAACGGGGUGGUCGUGGCCAGCAGCAGAAUUCCGGAGGAAGAGGCAGAGGAAUGGGCAGGGGCCGUGGUGGCGGUGGCGGCCCCAAUAGUUUUGGUGACAACUCUCACCAGCAAAACCAACCCCUCAACUUUCAUCAGCAACAUCAGCCUCCAAACUCGCAUCAGCCAAGCCAGCAAUCUCCGAGCUCUCAUCAGCAAAACCAACCUUUAAACCCUCUUAUGCAAAUACAACCUCCUAACUCAUUUAAAUCAACUCCCAACCAGCAGCAGCUGAACCCCCUGCCACUAGAGUUGAUGAAGCAACCUCCUCCUCCACCACCACCUCAAGAGCAGCCAAAGUUGCCUCAGGAAUCUCAGAAAACGAGUCCUGCUAAACCUGCUGCAGAGGAGUUAUCCCAGGCUGAAACUGAAUUUGAUUUACAGUUUAAAAACUGGGAGGAUCAGUUUGAAAACUGGAAAAAAGAAAACGUAGAUCACCCUGAUAGGCAACAAUAUGAAGAAUAUGAGUCAAAAAUGGAGCUGUUCAGAGAGCAGCUUCUUGCUCGAAGGGAAGUUAUGAAGAAAAAACGAGAAUUAGAAGCAAAGGCCAAUCUGGAAAAACCAAUUGCCCUACCAAGCCCAAUUAUUGCUCAGCAACUUAAGGUUGAAGAGGCACCAAAAAGUAUGACGCCUAAAGGGUUUGUUGAUACCAAGUUGCCAGCACCAGACGUCAAUAAACAAAAACCAAGGUCGAUACAAGAUACGUUACGAGAAAUGGCAAAUUACCCUAGUGUGUCUCCGGCAAAGAAAAUUGGUCCUCUUUGCGUCACAUUAGAUGAUGAUAUGGAAGAGGAAAACCCAUUUGAUACGCCACCCCCAAUUCCUGGGCUUGAAUUUGAGCAAAAUGACCCACAUUUUGACGCGCCUGCACGUAAAGAGGCGUUUUUAUCACCUUCAGGGCCUCUUGGACAAAAUUUAGCAUUUGAAGAUCUUCCGAAGCCUCCUAUGGAUAAAGGUUUCCCUAGACCACCUCUUAAGCAAGGCCAAGAAUUCCCUAAUCAGCUGGACGAUUCAAAUAACUACAAAAGCCCCUUUAAAGCUGAAUUUCCAAGCAAGCCUAAAAACAUGAAUGAGACGCAAAACCAAUAUUCAGGGAACAAUAGAUUUGAAAGUCGAAGUACCCCACAAAGGAUACCACUUACUCCGCAAGAGUUGUUCGGAACUCUACCUGCUGAUUUCAAUCCUUGGGUUGAUCUUGGCAGUGAUGAUGAACUUCCACCAGGAAUAUUUGAUCCUCCUAAAUUUCAACGCCAAGAAAUGAUUAAGGAUUCUGAUAGUGGCCGUUGGGAAGAUUCACAUGGCAGAAUGGAUAAUCAAUCAUUUGCAUCAAAUCAAGGUGCACGCAAUAAUUUUGAAAAUGCUCCUGGGUCCAACUUCCGAUCUGGCUUUGGAGGUAAUAAAAAUCCAAUGGAGAAGAGGUCAUGGAGUCCUGCACCACCUCCGCGACAACAACCUCCAACAGAAUUUGAUCCUGGGAAUCGAGGGCCUGAUAAUAAUCCUUUCUCAAGAAUGGAGACGUUUAAUAGAAUGCCAAACGAGUUUCAUCAAAGUCGAGGCCCAGGCCCAGAGGACCGUGAUCAAGAUAAAAGGAAUUUCCAUCCAGAGUGGGAAGUCGAGGAGUACAAAGCCAAAACAGUAAUUGAAUAUGACCACAAGCAACUUAACGUGGUCACUCCAGGCAUUACUCCUGUAGUCCAGAGUGCUUGUGACAAGAAGAGAACUGUGUUUAAAGAGCCAGCAAAAAUAUUGGACUACAGCCAUACUUCUGAGGCGGAACCAACUGUUUAUACUCCGGAUCCUUUUGAUUACGAUCGUACAAAGUAUAUGAAGUGGGAGAAGGAGGAUUGGCGGAGGUCAGAAAGAGAUCGAGCAGAUAGAGAUGUGUGGGCGCAGGAUGACAGAAGGAGACCUAAACGACCAAGGAAUUACGAGAGGGACAGUUAUGACAAUUAUGAUGACCGAGAGAGGCCUGAUAGGGGUGAUUAUUACAACAAAGACAUCCAAAGGCCUCGAGACAGGGGUGGAGAUUUUCAAGAUAGAAACGACUAUCAUGAACGGGAUCGGCGAAGGAGCUACCCUGAUCGACAAAAAGAUUAUAGAGACGAAGAAUUUAAUUCAAGAAAUGACGACUUUCAGCAUGGCACCUCACAGAGCUCUUCAUCAAGGCCAGCGCAAGGGUGCAUCAAGCCAUCAAAUGAGAGCCCAUCAUUCCCAAGGGAGAACAACAGUCCUACAACAAAAUCUAAUGCAGAGAAAAAAGAGCAUCCGCAGUUAUUGAACAAGAAGAUUUUAAAUGCAUUCAGUGAAUUGGACAAAACUCCAAUCGAAGAGCUCCUUUGCCUACCUGGACGUGUACAGCGGCCAUCCAAGUUUGCGAUCUUCAUGCGAGGCCCUCCUGGAAGUGGCAAAAGUCAAAUUUCGAAGCUUAUCAAAGAUAAGGAAGUGGAGAAUGGAGGCAACGCUCCAAGAAUACUUAGUUUGGACGACUAUUUUAUGGUUGAAGUAGAAACAAACGUCCAGGACGUGGAAACAGGUCGAAAGGUCAAGGCAAAGGAAAUGCAUUACGAGUAUGAAGCAGAAAUGGAGGAGCCCUACCGCAACAGUUUAGCAAAGGCUUUUAAGAAGACGGUGGAUGAAGGAUACUUCCCCAUUAUAAUUGUGGACUGUGUGAAUGACAAACUGAGUCAUUUUGAAGAAAUGUGGCGACAUGCCCAAAACAAAGGUUUCAAGACUUUUGUCGUUGAAGUUAUGGAAGAGGCAAGUGUUUGUGCAUCCCGGAAUGAGCAUGGCAGGUCAUUGGAGGACAUUCAAAAGAUCAUAGCUGGGUGGGAAGAUACUCCUGCUUCUUAUAACAGACUGGACACCUCAGGUCUGUUCCAACAAACUGCCAACAAUGAGAAUGAUGCCAAUGAAGAGAGCACAGUUAAAGCAGAUGCUGACGGAGAAGAGCCUGGAAACCACUUCUCUGAACUUGUAGCCCUCGCUUCUAGUAAAUGGGAUACCAUGGACCCCGAGAGCAAAUUAGACAAAUUGGACGGCAUCAAGAAAAGAGUGGCCAAAGAGUCUCUUUCAAUGGAUGACUGGUUGGGCUUGGAGGAGUUGAGUGACGCUCCUUUGGAGCCAGGAAAGAAAAGAGUGCGCUGGGCAGACAUCGUUGAGAGGAAGGAGCAAGAAAAGAUGCGCGCCAUCGGGUUCGUUGUUGGCCAGACCGACUGGAGUCGCAUGAUGGACCCCACGUUUGGAGGUGGUGCAUUAACAAGAACUAAGUACUUUUAAAUCUUUAUUAUACAAGGACACAUUUUUUGUAAAUACUCCAGUUUAGUGGAAUAAAAUUACUGUGAGUUUAGCAGCUCAA